UUUUUUCGUAAAUUUUUCAUUCAAUUUCGUGCCGAAUAAUCGUGGAAAAAUAUCGUUAUCGGCGUAAAUAUUGCAUGUACUAUUUACGGGUCAGUGUAUCAACACGAACGUGGUUCUAUCGUUGGACAAAUACGUGAGAAUUUGGAAUUCGGAUCAAUCACAUGCGAACGCUCAACAUCGUAAGACUAACACUUUUUAACCGUAUUUAUCGAAUUUCGCGUUAAAUAUCAUCACCGAUCGCGAAACUCCCGCAAUGGAUACCAUUUGCACAGUUCUAAUAGCCUUAAUUGGUAUGGUGCUAUUCACCAAUCUCGGUAUUCAUAAAAUAGAAGAAGGACACGUCGGUGUUUACUAUAGGGGAGGUGCCCUUUUAUCGGAAAUCAGCCUACCAGGAUUCCAUAUGAUGAUACCUUUGAUUACUACUUUCAAACCUGUACAGGUCACAUUACAAACGGAUGAAGUGAAAAAUGUACCUUGUGGAACUAGCGGAGGUGUUAUGAUUUAUUUCGAUCGUAUCGAAGUUGUAAAUAUUCUCAGUGCUGACAGUGUUCACGAUAUUGUGCGUAAUUACACCGCCGAUUACGAUAAAACUUUGAUCUUCAACAAAGUCCAUCACGAACUGAAUCAAUUUUGUAGCGUGCAUAAUUUACAAGAGGUCUAUAUCGAUUUAUUCGACCAAAUCGACGAGAACCUGAAGAACGCUUUGCAAAGAGAUCUCAACGAAAUGGCUCCAGGUUUGAAAAUCCAAGCUGUUCGAGUUACUAAACCCAAGAUACCGGAAACUAUUCGAAAAAAUUACGAAACUAUGGAAGGUGAAAAGACUAAAUUACUGAUUGCUACCCAAAGACAAAAGGUAGUCGAAAAAGAUGCCGAAACCGAACGCAAACGAGCUAUUAUUGAGGCCGAAAAAGAAGCCCAAAUUGCCAAAAUUCAGUACGAACAGAAACAAAGAAUGGCUCAAAUCGAAGACUCCAUUCACGUAGCUGCAGAAAAAAGCAAAGCCGACGCCGAAUUCUAUCACGUUCAAAAACAAGCCGAAGCCAACGAUCUGCUGUUGACUUCCAAGUACAUGGAGUUCAAGAAAUACGAAUCGUUGAGCAAUAACGCCAAAAUUUACUACGGUCCGGAUGUACCGAAAAUGUUCGCAUAUGGAGGCUGUAACGAUCACGUAAUUCACGACCAAACCAUCGAGAAUAAGCCUAAAUAAAACACGUUCCUUAUUUCUACCUAGUCUUAUGGUUUUUAAAUCCAACAUGUGAUUUUUUUAUUAUAUGUAAUACCCGCACUAGUUUUUUUUCCUUUUGUUUUAUUUUCGAUGUGAUGUACAAUUUUAAGUUAACGCGUGUACAGAAGUAAUUUAAGUAGUUUCGUUAAAUAGUAUUUUGUAAUAUUUAGAUGCAUUUUUUUUUUUUACAUUAAAUAAUAUUUGAGAGUAA